GCCGGAGCGGCGGCACCACCGGGGCGGAGGCAGCGGCGGGAGCGGCAGCGGAGAGCAGAGCGCGGCUCUGCGCGGGGAGCAUGGAGAUGGAGAAGCGCUUGACGCUGGAGCUGCGCAACAAGAAGCCGAGCGAGGUGAAGGAGCUGGUGCUGGAUAACUGUCGCUCGGAGGAUGGCAAGGUGGUCGGUCUCUCCUCAGACUUCGAGAACCUGGAGUUCCUCAGCAUGAUCAACAUCAACCUGCUGUCUGUGUCCAACCUCCCCAAACUCAACAAGCUCCGGAAGCUGGAGCUGAGUGAUAACAGGAUUUCUGGUGGCCUUGAAGUUCUAGCAGAGAAAACUCCCAACCUGACACACUUGAAUCUAAGUGGCAACAAGAUCAAAGACAUCAAUACCCUGGAGCCCUUGAAAAAGCUGCCCAACCUCCACAGUCUGGACCUCUUCAACUGCGAGGUGACGAUGCUCAUCAACUACCGGGAGAGCGUGUUCGCCCUCCUGCCCCAGCUCACCUACCUGGAUGGCUUCGAUGCUGACGAGCAGGAAGCCCCUGACUCAGACCCUGAAGCAGAUGGGGAUGCACUGGAAGAUGAGUAUGAGAAUGGGGAAGAAGGCGAGGAAGAGGACGACGAUGAGGAGGAGGAUGAUUUGGAUGAAGAAGUCAUUGAUGAUGAAGAAGAUGAAGAUGAUGACCUGGAAGGUGAAGAGGAGGAGGAUGGAGUAGAUGAUGAGGAGGAAGAUGAGGAGGAAGAUGGUGAGGAGGAUGAAGAGGAUGAAGCUGAAGAUGACCAUCCGUGUGGGCAGAAGAGAAAACGAAGUCUAGAGGAUGAAGGAGAGGAAGACCCAGAGGACGAAGAGGACGAUGAGGAUGACUGAGCCCAGCGAGCCAAUCAGUUUUACAGACUCUGACUGUGCUUGUCUUAAACCUCCCUGUUGUGUCUAUGUGAGACUGUAAAUCCCCAUCUCCCA